GUGAGGCUGGGUUGGGCGCCGACUUGCUGCUGUUGUUAGCUUCCCCUCCCCUCCCCUUUCCACACGCCGCAUCCUCGCGCCUUUCAUCCACUCGCCACAAGCAAGCGACUGUGCAGUUUUGCUUGGUUGCUUUGUUGCUAUUUUGGCGCGCGCUUCGCUUGGCCGGGCGGGAUGACCAGCGGGCAGGUGCAGGACAGUGAAUCUGGAGUGCCUUUCGAUGAUAAAGAUAACAGCGGCUCUAAAUAUAAGGAUGAAGACUGUGCUGAAGAAAAUUCAUUGGGUAAUGACAGUUCCAAAAGUGACUCCGAAAGCAGCUCUGAAAGUGAUUCUGAUACCAGUGAGGCAGAUGCAGAGGAACCAAACGAGGAGCCAGAAAACAAAGAAUCCCAGCAUGGUUGUGUUGAAUCAGUGGUGAACAUCCAGCAACACUGUGAACACUGCAAGAUCCAACAAGGUCAACAAGAACAAGUAACCCCAAGAAGGCUUUCUAGAGGACAACUCUGGUUGAAGCUGGAUGGAGAAGGAGUUUAUCAGUGUACCAUCACAGGGUUGAUCUUUGAAGUAGCCAAAGGUGCUAUCAUUGAAUAUUCCCUUUUGUCUUGGACCAAAUAUGCUGCGUAUAUUAAAGAACCCUGGAUUAUUGUGGGUCCUAUAUUUGAUGUCAAAUGUACAACACCAUCUGCUCUUACUUCCAUUCAGUUUCCACACACUCUUUGCCUUAAUGAGCAUUUAUCUGACGUAACCUUCAAUGUGUUCCAUUUCAAAAAUAAUGGUCCAGAAUUUGAAUGUUCUGUUGAUCACUCAACCACACACAUCAAAUGGAAAGUGAGCUCAUUGUCUCCUGUUGGACCAGUAAUUGAGAGAUAUGAUCCAGUGUACUACCAUGGAGUUGUUAUUUUGUACAAAGUUGUCAGUAACCUGCCUUCCUUGGAAUUCCGUGUGUAUAUGGCUAGUAACAACAGCUCUGUUAUAAAGGAUGUGUCAAAAUCUGUAAAACGUUCUCCUAAUACAUUAAUCAAAAUUGAGAAACCUCCUUGUCAUAAAUUACUUCAAGGCGGAAAAAAAUACAGACUAAUUAGUGAUCCAGAAGCUGAUAUCACUCCUGAGGAAAUUGAGUUUGGUGAUCACUCUUCCUUGGCAGAGAAACCUUUUUUUGAAGUAUAUUUGGAACAGCCAGUGGAACUUACACUGUCGUUAGUGGACUUGGAUUCUGAAGAAACCGUGUGGAAAGCAAAGUUAAGAGAAAGUGACUGGACUGUACCUAGCCAGAAUGACAAUAAGCCAAAAAGAAUCACUAAUGGCAUCAGAAGACGAAAAUCCAGCAACAGUCUUUCCGGUGAUGAGCAUUACAGUAAACGGCUAAAGGGCAAUGACAUAUCAGAUGGCAUUAGAACUACAACAGUGUUAACUGAUCAACAGCUGAUGAUCCUUGCAAAGAAGAUGGGUAAAGACUGGAAAGUGCUUGGUAUUCAGUGUCUUAAGAUGUCUGUUGAAGAUAUUGAGCAGAUUGAGGCAAAAGACGAAGAUAUCAAUAUAUAUAAAUGCAUGAUGCUGCGCAAAUGGAGGGAUUCCGAGCAAAACAAUGGAACUGCCCAAAGUUUAUAUGACUGUAUAAAAGAUGAUGCAUCCUAUGAAGUGCUACAAAUUCUAAAAAGUUUUUUAGCACAGACGUGAGCUCACGCAGAAACAGCUUGAAUCAGAGGAAAAACAAACUUCAGGAAUAUUCUUUGACAAUUUUCUACGUAGUUCAAAUGGGAUUUUGUUUUAAACUGCCAACAGUCUAAAACUCUGACAAGUUGCUAUGAAGAGAAAAUGAUAAAACUGUUUGGAAACUUUGGGAUAAGAUAUACUUCAGGGAGGAAGGAAUCAAAGGGGACUUGAAAACAGUGCAUUUUGAGCAAUAUCCUGAUUUUUACCCAAAGAUGAUUUGCCAUACCCAGCAGAUGGAACUUCAGUUUUUACAUAUGCUUCACCUGGAUAAGAAUGAUUCAUGAUUUUCCAAAAUGUUAUCAGGUCGAUCUAGAAUCCGUGAUCUCUAAAUAGAGACUGGUAAUGAUAAAUGAUAUGCACAGCUCGGAUGUUACCUUCUUGUUUUACAAGCAGAGGGAAAUAUUUUUUUAUAGCUGGACCUUUUAUAGCUAAAUAUUGUGAUUCCUCAUUCUUUCCCUCCAUAGCAUCUCUGCUACAGACUUUUUUCUGCCAGCCCUCCACUCUGCAAUACUUUGAGCCAUAUUAAAAUUGUAGAGCAAAGCUGUAAACAGUUUGGAAAGAAGCUUACAAGAAGAAGACAACAGAAAACCUCCUACCAAACAACAUUAUUUGUCAUUUUCACAAUGUAACAGAAGGAAAUGGCAGCUGCAUUCUUUCCUGUGGUUUCUAAGGCCUUAAACAGGCAGGACAGAUUGCGAGGCACCAGGGCUGGCUCUAGGUGCUUUUAUAAAAAUGGAAAAUACAACCCAAUGCACUCUGCUCACCUUGUCAAGGUAGUCCAACUUGUACACCAAGAAAAGCUAACUUCACUGCAAUUACAGAAAUUUGUGUAACUAUUGUUUAACUAUUUUAAUUUGUAUAAUUUGUAUAAUUGUAUAUAUUUUGUUAUACAUGGGAAAGGCAAGGGUGAGAAGCAAUGCAGAAGCCUAAUCACUGAAACUAUUCAGGAUACCUUUUUGAUUUCUGCCGUGAUUACGUGCUGUCACACAUUUCAAAAGCAAAAGAUAUAGAAACUUUUUCCGCAUAAGAAACAACAAAAACAAAAAUAAGAUUGUGACUGGAUCUACAUUACCAUAUAAUCCAGUUCAAAGCAGAAAAUCUGGAUUUUAUAUGGCAGUAUAGAUAGAGCCUGAGACUUUCAGGAGUCUCUGUUUAGUUCUAUCCUGGAAUUAUGGUGUACUCAUAGCCCUGAUAACCAUCUAUUUCCAAGAGAUUUUUUUAUAAAAAUAAUGUUGGAUGAAUUUAAUAGCAAAGAAAUAAUGAAAAACACUCCUUAGGCCCCUUCUACACAGCUGAAUAAAAUCCCAUAUUAUCUGCUUUGAACUGGGAUAUAUGGCAGUGUGGACUCAGAUAACCCAGUUCAAAGUAGAUAUUGUGGGAUUUUCUGUCUUGAUAUUCUGGGUUAUGUGGUUAUGUGGAAGGGCCCCUAGAAUUAUAGUUUGAAUUAUUGAGGAGUAAUUCAAGGCCAGCUGUACAAUCAUUGAGACAUAUCUUAAAGCAGAUAUGUCAAUUCUAUGACCCAAGUAGCCCAUCACCCCCUCUUUAUUAUUAUUUACCACAUUUAUAUCCCGCCUUUCUCACCCCGGAGAGGACUGAAGGAGGCCUUACAACAGACAUUUUGAUACUAUAUGCACUUGUAUUAAAUAAACAAUUACAAUAAAAACAGUAAUUAAAAACAUCAAUUAUUAAAACGUCAGUUAAAAACAAUCCAGAGCAUAAUCCAGGGCCGUUCCAUUUGUCAUUCACAUUGAUUCGUAGUUACUUGUUGCACUGUUCCAAUUAUUUUUCAAAGUCUUGGUCCCAAAGCCACAUCUUAAGUUUUUUCCUUUAAAUGUAGCAUUUGCCUCUGUGUGAAGGGAGUUUACAUAUUGGUCCAAAAAUGUCACUAAUUUCUUGUCUUUUUGUUGUACAGUUCUAUUGUAUUGUUUUACGCUGUUUUAAAUAAAUUGCCCAUGUUUUGUA